ACCAAAUAUACUACUUUGAAUCGGAUUUGCAAGCACUUGUUGGUCCCCCGUUCAAUUCUAAAACGAAAUUUCCUUCCCCACAUAAAAACAAUACUUUGUCACAGAUCUCAUCUACAAUACUAGUAUCACGUAUUUUCUUACUUCUCUCUAAAUAAUUCGCUCUAUCCUCCCCCGCAGAUACAAUCCAAAAUUUGAUAUCGCCAUUGUUGCAUCUAAGAUCUGAUCAUAUUUAUCUGCUAUAUCAAUCAUGUCUACAGCGGUCUUUAAUGGCGAUGAAACUGCUCCUUUCUUCGGCUUCCUCGGGGCUGCUGCCGCUCUCGUCUUCUCUUGUAUGGGAGCUGCAUAUGGAACGGCCAAGAGUGGAGUAGGGGUUGCGUCGAUGGGAGUGAUGAGACCAGAAUUGGUGAUGAAAUCUAUUGUUCCAGUUGUUAUGGCUGGAGUUCUGGGUAUUUAUGGAUUGAUUAUUGCUGUGAUCAUCAGUACUGGCAUUAACCCUAAGGCUAAAUCUUAUUACCUUUUUGAUGGUUACGCUCAUCUCUCUUCUGGUCUUGCUUGUGGUCUAGCUGGGUUAUCUGCUGGUAUGGCUAUCGGUAUCGUUGGUGAUGCUGGUGUUAGAGCCAAUGCCCAACAACCCAAGCUAUUCGUCGGAAUGAUCCUUAUCCUCAUUUUCGCUGAAGCUUUGGCUCUAUAUGGUCUCAUUGUUGGUAUCAUCCUUUCUUCCCGUGCUGGCCAAUCAAGAGCCGAUUAGAAGAGAUUCACCUCUUCGUUAUAUUUGUUUUCAACACCACUGUUGGAGAUGUAAUUUUUUUCUAAAGGCAGUGAGAACUGAGAAGGUUUGCUUAGCAUUCAAAGUGGCUCUUCUUGAAGGAUUGGUCAUGUUAUUGUUUUGUAGUUGUCAUUGGUGGUUCUACAUGGGGAAUGCUUAAACCGUAAUGUUGAAAGCUAGUAGUUUAGUUCUCCUCCAAAUAAAUUUAUGCUGUAUUAUUAUUGUUUUAUUUCCGAUCUUCGCACUCCUGGAUAUGGAGACUCAAUUUGGACAUCCUGUAACAUUCUUUUGAGCUUUUUCAUAUUCGAAUUUGAUAUACAA